GGCCGGAGAUGCAGGGAUCACCACCCCUAGUCAGUCAGUCAACUAUUUCAUUAUAUGGAAAAUAUAUGUUCCAGGAAGGAGUAGACACCGUUCACUACCAGGUAUUUUUCUGAAAACAGAAGAGAUGCAUUUUCUUUAGCAUCACCUGUUGAGAUGCAGACUCAUGCCAGGAUAACUCUCCAUGGACACAAUCAACUCUCCACAAUCUUACCCAAGUGACCACCAUUUAUGCGUGAGCCCAGAUUGAGAUUGAUUUUAGAUCGUCACAUCAGCCCAGAAGUUGGAUAUCGUCAUGGCAAUGGUUUUCCCAUAGAAGCCAUCUGAUGGAUUUCCCAUAAUUCCUACCCUAAAAACAAGUCAGUGUCAGUGCAACAGCUCGUCAAAUUUCAAACAGAUCUCUGACAUCAAGCACAAGGAGGGAAACCCACUCCCAAAGGUUAUGCCAUGGAUAUCGUACUGCAUUACACAGACUACUACUUCUUUACACCAUAUGUGUACCCCAGUUCCUGGCCAGAGGAUGGUGCUCUACGUCAGAUAAUCAGCCUCCUAAUUGUAACGAAUGUGGGAGCUGCUGCUAUCUACCUUCUCUUUGGAUUGUUUAGCUAUUAUUUCAUUUUUGACCAUGCACUGAAGCAACAUCCACAGUAUUUGCCGAAUCAAGUGCAGCGCGAGAUAAAAUAUGCUCUGAAGUCAAUGCCAUGGAUGAGCAUUCCAACAGUGGCUUUGUUCUUUGCGGAGGUCCGAGGGUACAGUAAAUUGUAUGACAAUAUCGAGGAUUCCCAUUAUGGUUGGUUUGGAGUGGUCCUCAGUAUGGUCUCCUUUCUCUUCUUCACGGACAUGUGUAUCUACUGGAUUCAUCGGUUUCUCCAUCACAAGCUCUUCUAUAAGCAUUUACAUAAACCCCACCAUAUUUGGAAGAUUGCAACCCCGUUUGCAAGUCAUGCUUUUCAUCCUGUGGAUGGUUUCCUACAGAGUAUCCCGUAUCAUAUCUACCCCUUCCUUUUCCCACUGCACAAGCUGGUCUACCUGGGCCUUUACAUCUUUGUCAAUAUCUGGACAGUGUCCAUUCACGAUGGAAACUACAGAGUACCUAAGAUCUUUGAGGAGGUCAUCAAUGGAGCAGCUCAUCACACUGACCACCACCUGUACUUUGACUAUAACUACGGGCAGUACUUCACACUCUGGGACAGAAUCGGAGGCUCCUACAAGUGCCCCUCGGCCUUCGAAGGCAAAGGACCGCAUGAUUACCUGAGGAAACUGAAGGCUGAGGGAAAGCUGUGUGGCAGCUCUUCCUUCAAUGGCCACGCAGCCAAUGAAAAAGUCUGCAAAGAGGAAUGAACAGCUCCCAUUCCCUGACUUUGCCCGUGCUUUGUUCCUGUGAAGCGCUCUCAUCCUGCCAAGAGCAAUAUUAUGAAUGACACAUAAUCCAGGCAUAGCUCAGUGCUCUGAUUUACUGUAUUUUAUCACUACAAAUAAGGCCUAUUGGAAAUGUGCAGCAAUAAAAGACUACUUGUAGCUUUGUGAGUGAUGGGAACCCCCACUUCACUAGCUUUUUUGCAGAUUGGAAAUACUUUGUUAAAAUUUCUGCAGAUGGCUACUUUUAUGUGGCACAGGAGAUCUGCAAAUUAGGGUCUCGACAUACUACUGAACUGAAUGCUUUGUUAUUGCCAUAUCUAGGGUACAGGUGAUUCUUAGUUGUUGUCUAGUUUUAAUUUAGUAAGAUGUUAUAACAAGAAUAGACUGCUAAAGGAUCUGGAUCAUUCUGAUGAUUCUAAGCGAUUUUAAGACAUACAGUUUCUGUGCUGUACAGUCUUUGGUUUUGGAAUGUUUGCAGAAUAAAAUCAUAUAUUGCUUUUCAAUGAUGGGUAAUCACAAAAAUAUUCCCACAUAUAGAUGAUGGUAAACAUGAAAUGAGUUAAUGUGAACUAUUAUUUGGGCUCAAGUUUGUACCUUAAGUUGUCCUGUUUAACAUUUGCUGCCUACUUUAUAUUGUAUAAUAUUAUUUCUUUGGUCAUGUGAUGGAAUAUACAGUAAAAUGCCAUGCUGCUUUAA